AUGGCACCAGAUAACGCAACCCUCUGGAGCCGCGUCUCGCGCGCCGUCGGCAGGCAGAUCAACUCCUGCGGUGGAGGGGCGCGGGGAUCGUGGACAAGCGCAGUGGAGCAGGCCAGACAGGCUCUGCCCCAGGUGCCGGCGAUUCCGCGGGAACGGUUUGCAACAGAGCCGUUAGCGGCACCGAUGAACGGUGGGAACCUGCGCAUUGCACCCGCACCCAUGCUAACGUAUGGCACAGCCGCCGCGCUCCUUCAACGUCGGCGCCCGCCGACGGUUGCUUCAGGUGGCGCAUUACCCCCUAGCUCUGAAGUUGUCGGGCGGCGAGAUGUGGGAAAUCUGGCACCUGCAGGCCUGGGAUUUCUCCGCGGGCGCCGACAGGUGACUGCACCUCUGCCAUCCGCCGGCGGCGAUGAUAUGGAAGGCGUUCAGGCCUCAGGCUCAACAGUCGGCACGGUGCCCGUGUAUAUGGGCAUUGAGGGGCCUAUCGACGGCGCAUACCCAGAUGCAGCUGUAGACGCCAACACAAUCUUUAGUGGGCUUACAAGUCCGAGGGCAGCAUGGUGCCGGGGCUCCAACUUGACCUAUGACACAGAACGGGAGUUUCGCGACGCUCCUCUCAACCCAAGCGGUGGCACUGAUACUGGACCUUCCCCCAACGUUGGUGCAGGCCACGACUGGCCCCCCGACUUCAACAUCAAUGGUCACCCGCCAAGGGUCAGAAUGCCCUUCCGUGAGUAUAGGGACGCGCUUCUUGGGGACCUAAUGCGGGCGCCCCCUGGAUCGGCGACGUCUUCCUUGGUAGAUAAUCUUGCUCUCACGGUCUUGGAUAAUGUCAUGUCGCGGUUUUUGCCCGAUGAUCCGCAUGAGGCGGCUAGAUUGAUCGCCGACAUCUUGGAGUCAUCGCGUCAUAUAGUGGAGGACAAUUUCCCAAAUCUCAGAGUCAAUCGGGACGAACAUGCCAGAUACCAGCGUAGGGAUGUUUGUCAGGCCUUGAAGGUCUUACAACUAUAUUUGUAUUUUGCAGCAGGCAGAGGUUGA